AUGCAUAGUCCUUGCUUUCUGGUCCAAGUCUGCAGGAAAUGGAGAAACUUAGCCUCGGAUGAUAUUCUAUGGUCUAAUCUCUUUAAUAAAAGAUGGGGCAUUGAUCAUGACCGCACCACAUUUGAUUCUCCUGUCGGUUCGAAAUCAUGGAAAGACAUCUACAUUGUUGAAGAACGUUGUGAUCGAUUUGGAUUGGGCUGGAAGAUCAUAAGGGAAGGAUAUGAUUAUUUCUUAAUUCAUAAAGGUGAGAUCCAACGGCAUCUAGUGUCGAGACGAGUAGAAUCUCGACCGUACAGGUGGCCUAACAGUAGAAAAUCAGAACCUGUGGAUGAUCAAACGCGCUCGAUCAUCGUUGAUAGUAUUAUUUUCGUCAUUGGGGACAUGGAGAAUGAUUCAAUGCAAUCAAAACGAAGUCGAUUGGGUUCCAGCCCCACUAUACAGAGUUGCAGUCAAUCCCUAGCUCUAAUCCCCGGCCCCACAGUGAUUUCGGGAGUUAAAUCUAAGACUUGUGACAGUGGCUUUCAGUUAGUCCGAAGCUGUACACUCUUGGGCGACCAGCGGGUCGACUACUUCAGGUAUCUGCAAUAUGCUCCUCCCAGGUUUCGAUCCCGCCACCCGGUGCUUGCAAGCGAACCUGCGGCCCCCCAUCCCACCAACUGCGCUACGCCCCGGGAGCUAUUUAUUUUUUACUUUUUAUCUCUUCUGGUGACAUCCCACGCCUGCUGCUCCUCCAACGUCUGCCGCCGCUCCAACUCCAGAAUUAGAGUCGACGUCCAUUCGGCCGAGCCCUUCGACGUUGUCGCCUCGUUCUCCUGCGCACCAGCGCUCCCGUUGCUACCGCCUCAACACUUUAAACCCCGCCGCAAUUCCGUCAAGACGCAACCACCGUCGCUGCGAGUCACAACAUCAAAUUCCGGCAAGGCCCAAUUUUGCGAUUUCGGAUUUUAA